AUACAAACAAGUGUACGAGAGACUGAGUUAUCAUAUAAAGAGAGAGAGAGUGCGCACACUAAUCUUCUCUUGCCAGGUUGCUUCUCCUGUCUGACGAAAUAGUGAUUCCACGUUACACCCAGUGUCUCAGCCGGACAUAAUGUCUGAAAAUAAGGAGUAUUAUCUGUAAAAUAACUUGCUCAUGGAAACAGUCAACAAAUUUGUUCACAUAAUGGAAUCCUUGGAGCUGGACAUAGCUGCACUUGAUGCUCUGUUGGGUGACCAGAGCUAUGUCAGUGGUUAUCAUCCCACAAAAGCAGAUGUAGCAGCUUGGAGGGCAAUUGGUAAAGUCCCAGAGGCUGACUUUCCUCACGUUGCUCGCUGGUACCACCAUAUUGCCAGCUUUGGUGCCAGCAGUAAAAACUUUCCAGAAGCUUCCAUUACAUUUGUGUUGAAACAGCAGAUUCCAGAAUUAAAACCAAAAGGAACUGCUCCGUUUGUGAGGAAUUCCAUGAAAGAACAGAAAUCAGAGCCUCAGAAAGCAUCUGGAAGUAAAGGUCAGGUGGAGAGUAAAAAGGAAAAAGGUGGAGGAAAUGGCAAGGGUGCAAUAGAGCUGAAUCCAUGGCCAGAUUACAUCCAUGAGCGCCUCAACAUGUGGGACAGACUUAAGAAGGAAGCAGACGAAAUUCUAAAAGCUAAAGUUCCUGAACCCAUUAAAAUUACUUUGCCUGAUGGUGCAGUCAAAGAUGGUAAAUCUUGGCAAACUACUCCAUAUGAAGUAGCCCAAAGUAUCUCUCAGGGUCUGGCAGAAAACACUGUGGUAGCUAAAGUGAAUGGAGAAGUCUGGGAUCUCGAUCGUCCAUUGGAACAAGAUUGCAAGUUAGAGUUGCUCAAGUUUGAUGAUGAUGAGGCAAAAACUGUCUUCUGGCAUUCCUCUGCCCAUAUCUUGGGUGAAGCAUUAGAGCGUGUGUAUGGUGGACACCUUUGUUAUGGACCUCCCAUUGAGGAGGGGUACUACUAUGAUAUGUACACAGAGGGUGCAGGGGUGUCCAACCUGGACUUUCCUGGCAUUGAAGAGGUGAUGAAGAAGAUCACCAAAGAAAAACAACCAUUUGAAAGACUAGAGAUGAAAAAGGAAGAUCUACUCGAGAUGUUUAAAUACAAUAAAUUUAAGGUGCGCUUGUUGAACGAGAAAGUGAAGACUGACACCACCACUGUAUACCGCUGUGGACCUCUCAUUGAUUUGUGCCGAGGUCCACAUGUUCGCCACACUGGGAAGGUUAAAGCCUUUACGGUGACUAAGAACUCUUCGUCAUACUGGGAAGGAAACAGUGAGGCAGAAUCUCUUCAAAGAGUUUACGGGAUCAGCUUCCCCGAUCCAAAACAACUGAAGGAAUGGAAGCAUUUCCAAGAGGAGGCAGCCAAGAGAGAUCACAGAAAAAUUGGUAUUCAGCAGAAGCUUUUCUUCUUCCAUGAGUUAAGUCCUGGUAGUUGUUUCUUCACCCAUCGCGGAGCAUACAUUUACAAUACGUUGAUUGAUUUUAUCCGUGGUGAAUACUGCAAACGAGGUUUCCAAGAGGUUGUGACUCCAAAUGUUUAUAAUACCAAAUUGUGGGAAACUUCUGGUCACUGGCAACAUUAUGCUGAAAAUAUGUUUGCUUUUGAAGUAGAAAAGGAAAAGUAUGCCCUGAAACCUAUGAAUUGUCCUGGGCAUUGCUUAAUGUUUGGAUAUACCAGUCGGUCAUGGCGAGAAUUGCCUCUUCGUAUGGCAGACUUUGGUGUACUCCACCGUAAUGAACUUUCUGGAGCCCUCAGUGGUUUGACUCGAGUACGAAGAUUCCAGCAGGAUGAUGCACACAUCUUCUGUACUCCUGAGAUGAUUCAGAAUGAAAUUAAGGGAUGCCUUGAAUUUUUGUCAGCUGUUUAUAACAUUUUUGGAUUUGACUUUGUACUUAAAUUGUCCACCCGUCCAGAGAAAUUCUUGGGAGAUAUUGCAUUUUGGAAUGAUGCAGAAGAGCAGCUUAAAAACUCCCUUAAUGACUUUGGUAAGGAGUGGAAACUUAACCCUGGUGAUGGUGCCUUUUAUGGUCCAAAAAUUGACAUCGUUGUUACAGAUGCUUUAAGACGGCAACAUCAGUGUGCUACCAUUCAGCUUGAUUUCCAGCUUCCAAUUCGUUUUGACUUGCAAUAUGUGUCAGAGACUGGAGAAAAGAAGCGUCCUGUAAUCAUUCACCGUGCUGUUUUAGGUUCUGUGGAGCGAAUGAUUGCCAUCCUAACUGAGUCUUAUGGGGGAAAAUGGCCAUUUUGGUUAUCCCCUCGCCAGUGCAUGGUUAUACCUGUGGCUCCACCCUUCGAUGAUUAUGCAAAGAAUGUUUCUAAGCAGCUUCAUGAUGCUGGGUUCCAGGCAGACUAUGACACUGAUCCUGGUGACACCAUGAAUAAAAAAAUAAGAAAUGCACAGCUUGAGCAGUACAAUUUCAUUUUUGUGGUUGGAGAAAAAGAGAAGACCAACAAUACUCUCAACGUGCGUACUCGUGACAACAAGGUACAUGGUGAGCACAGUAUUCCAGAUGUCAUACAAAAGUUGUCUGUUCUUAAAGCUGACCGUGUAAAAAACUGGGAAGAUUCAUUUUGAUAUGAGUUAAAGUACUUAAUAUAAUACUUCAUAUGCGGUAAGUGCUAUUAAUUAUUGAUUAAUUAUUGGUUUGACCUAAUUUUUUAGUUAAUGCAUUCCAUCUGAUGAAGUAUUUUGUUUUCAACCCAUGGUAAUUAUUGCAGUACAUUCGUCCCUACAAAUUCUUAGGGGUCACAUUCGUAGAGGUCCGGUGAAAUAAAAAAACCACAAGUAAUACAAAAUUAACCCUGUA